GUCAUAACUGCUAGGAGAGGACAAGAGGACGCUGAAGGGGAGUGCUAGGAAGUGGGCGCCAUGGGCGAGGAGAAUGUGGAGCUGGGGAUGUCGGGGCGCAGGAUUCGGGCCUGGAUCCGAGGAAGAUCGCUCCGCCUCGCCGCUCAGAGGGAGGGGAAAGAUAAUGCCAUGGACCUGGCAGCGCUGCGGAAUGACCUGCCCACCACCUUGGACAACCUGUACCAGGACCACCUGGAGCAGGACCGAGCCCAGAGCCUGCCCAAUGGCCAUGCCUUCCCCACAGGCGAGCGGGACAAGGCCGGGCUGCUGGCCAGCAGCGACGUGAAGCGCUCACAGCCACUGGUCAUCCAAGUCAACAGGAAGUUGAAGGAGGAGGAGCCGCGAGCCUCGUCGCUGCCGUCCAUCCCCAACCCCUUCCCCGAGCUCUGCAGCCCCUCCAAGUCGCCCAUCCUCAGCAGCCCCUCGGCAGGGCAAGGCCCCCAGCGUGAAAGCGGCCCCCACGUGGUAAAAGUCUUCAGCGAAGAUGGCACCUGCCGCUCGCUGGAGGUCACGGCAGGCGCCACGGCCCGCCAUGUCUGCGAGAUGCUGGUGCAAAAGACUCACGCCCUCCACGAUGACAGCUGGUCCCUGGUGGAGCUCCAUCAGCAUUUGGCUCUAGAGCGGUGCCUGGAAGACCAUGAAUCGGUGGUGGAGGUCCAGGCCACCUGGCCCAUUGGGGGAGACAGCAGAUUUGUCUUCCGGAAAAACUUUGCCAAGUACGAGCUGUUUAAAAGCUCACCGCAGUCCCUGUUCCCCGAGGUGAUGGUCUCCAGCUGCUUGGAUGCCAACAAGGGCAUGUCCCACUCGGAGCUCAUCCAGAACUUCCUCAAUUCCGGCAGCUGUCCAGAGAUCCAGGGCUUCCUGCACCUGAAGGAGGUUGGGCGCAAGGUCUGGAAGAGGUUUUACUUCUCCCUCCGGCGCUCAGGGCUUUACUACUCCACAAAGGGCACAUCUAAGGACCCACGGCAUCUACAGUAUUUCGCUGACCUCAACGAGUCCAAUGUCUACUUCAUCACACAAGGGAAAAAGCACUAUGGCACGCCCACCGAGUUCAGCUUCUGCAUCAAACCCUACAAGGUGCGCAGCGGCAUGAAGGGCCUCAAGCUGUUCUGCAGUGAGGACGAGCAGAGCCGCACCUGCUGGAUGGCCGCCUUCCGCCUCUUUAAGUAUGGCGUGCAGCUCUACAGGAACUACCAGCAGUCCCAGUCCAGACGCAGCCAUCAGUCUUGGAUCAGCACCACACCCCUGAGGAGCAUGUCUGACAAUACCUUGGUGGCCAUGGAUUUCUCGGGGUGCACAGGCCGGGUGAUUGAGAACCCCAACGAGGCGCUGACGGUGGCCCUGGAAGAGGCUCAGUCAUGGAGGAAGAAGACAAGUCACCGCUACAGCCUGCCAACUCCCUGCCAGGGCUCCCCGCUCAGCACAGCCAUCCAUCGAACGCAGCCGUGGUUUCACGGGCGGAUCUCAAGGGAAGACACACAGCGAUUGAUAAUCCAGCAGGGAUUAGUGGAUGGGGUGUUCUUGUUGCGGGAAAGCCAGCGGAACCCCAAGGGGUACGUCCUGUCCUUGUGCCACCUACAGAAAGUCAAGCACUAUCUCAUCCUGCCAAGCGAGGAAGAGGGGCAGCUUUACUUCACCAUGGACGAUGGCCAGACACGCUUUGCCGAUCUCAUCCAGCUGGUGGAGUUUCACCAAAUCAACCGGGGCAUCCUGCCCUGCAAGCUCAGACAUUACUGCACCUGCAUUGCCUUGUGACAGGCCCCCGGUGGGUGUCAGGGCUCUGCGACGGGCCACAGCCAACGCACAGCGAGCAGGAUGAGGAUCAACUCAAAUUUCCGCCCCUCGCCCCACUUGGGCCAGGGCUGCGGUGGCCGCAGGGGAUGGUCUUGGCUCAUACUCCAUCCUCUGUUGCGGUGUCAGUCACCACUCAGCCCCGUCAAGUGAGCACCAGCCAGGUGAGAGGCCAGGAUGGCACCCCUGGUGCCCAAGAAGCCCGAAGGACCGAAAAUCACCAUUCCAAGUCCUCGCCCCUGUGCUUCCACCAGCUCAUGGCCUCGUCUCACUGCUGCCCCUCCCCCUGUGCCCCCGCUCCCGUCUCUUUCUGCCCCCAUAUCCUUCCGCUCUGAUCUUUCUCUGCCCCUCCCUGUAUCCCUCCGCUCCCGUCUCUUUCUGCCCCGUAUCCCUCCGCCCCAUAUCCUUCCUCUCCGAUCUUUCUCUACCCCUCCUCCCCUGUGUCCCUCCACUCCCAUCUCUCUCUGCCCCAUGUCCCUCUGUCCUGUAACCCUCCAUGUCUGUAUUCCCCGUCCCACCUAUAUCCCUGCGCCCUCAGCUCUGCCCCAAUAUGCUCUAUAUGUUUUGAUCCUAGAGUUUCUCCUCCCUCCCCAACAGCUACUCAGUGUUAAUGGUCAUAUUCUCUGUGCCCUUGGGAAGCCAAGCCGGGAGUUUGGGGAUGGUCCCGCUUGGUAUGUCCCAGCACUCUCCCUGCACAGGGCCGUGGAUGCUCUGUUCUGCGCCCUCCUCCCUGGGCCCCUGCUGCCUCUUGGCUGGGUUUCAGAGCUCCUCAUCCUUUGGGAAAAUCUACCCACUCAUGCACUUUCUCCCCUGGGUUCCAACCUCUCUGGCCAGUGAUGGCUAGGAGCCGAGCCUUUCUCUUUAGGUUUCCACUUCUUUCCAUCAGACCAGUGCCAGAAUGGCUCCUUCUAACCUAGACCACUGGCCUCCCUGGGGGUCAGAGUCCGGACCCUUCUGUGCACAGACUGAGGCCCACCUUUCUGCUCCCCAUAGCAGCAACCUGCCUGAGGGCAGUCACCAUUCCCCGGCCCUGGAGAACUGUUUGUCGGGGGCAGCAGACCCUGAUAGGUGCAGAUCCCACGCACGUGCCCCCUGUGUCGGAGUGGCCACGUCUCCCCUUCUGGGCUGGCAGGUGAAGCCGGCAGGCCCAGUCACAGCAAGAAACAGCACCAAGCUGUUUCUAUGCCAGCUGGGGUUAGUGGAUGGGUUAUCAGGCUGCAUGGAGAGGCCCGGGGCGGGGGGGACGUCAAUAUUGAUAGUAGAUAACGUUCCGCCAACAUGGCUGGCCUUGCUCCCAAUCCUCCGGGAGGAAGUCCCUCCUUGGGAACGAGGCGGAAGCCAGCGUCAGCCAGAUUCCUCUGCCAUUUGCCCAGGACCAUGGGAAUCAAGGUGCAACUGGGUCCAUUCAGGCUGAGCCACAGGCAGGGAAGACCUGAAGGUGCAGGGAGUCCAGGGUCACGCUUCGAGCUGGGCCUUGUUCAGAUGCUAGGAGGGGUGGGGCUGGCCCGAAGGCCUGCUCUGGACAUGGCAGGGGGAAAAAAGGGGGCUUUGCUGGCAGGUGUCAAGGGCGAGAGCAGACAAGUGGGAGAGCCACAAUAAGGAAAAAGCUGGGCUUUUCCCUGUCCCUUCCUGUCAGGCCAAAGGGGCUUCCACUCUCUGGAGUGUAGGCUGCCAGGACCCGGUGAUGGGGCUGUGCCCAGGUCUGGAAAGUCUGGGGGUUGGGGGAGAACGUUUCUAUCUCCAACUGCCUAGAUUCCGACUGUCCUUCCAAACCCAUCUCUGUGCGCUCCACCAUGCUGCAAGCACUGAACUCAACACACCAGAGACCCCCAAAGCCAGGACCGCCUGGGGUGCUACUAACCCCCAUAACACCAAAGAACCCUAUGGGGGAGACAGAUGUGACCCCCUCAGCGUGAUGCUCUGCCCCCUUCAGUGGCGGCUGGGCCACAUACAAAGCCUGCUGUCAGCAGGGCUAACAGACGUGAGGGUUUCAGCUCACGCAGUAGCGACAGGUAUUAAGAUCCCCAGAUUCACCUCCUGUUGCUGAUAACCCAGCCAGGGGUAUGGUGUCGCUGUGUUAGAAGGAUCCAGGGUUUUGCUAAGAGGACGGAUCUAUCUCUGUUGUACAUACCUGAGAGGCCAGUUGAACUGUGAUGUGUUUUAUACAAGUGGUAAUAAAUGUUAUUUUUUCAUAUCCUUACUUUUAUUUUGUACAAAAAAAGAGAAAAAUAACCCAAAUUAGCACCAAGCCCUGAAAGAAGACAGAUUUAUCUCUAUUUAUAUCUACUCCAAAAUCUUCUCACUGCAAAUAAAUCUCGUCUACUUCA